GCGACCUGGUCGCCGCGCCGCCGUGACUCCGGCGAGUAUCCGGCGAGUUUUCAACCGAUGUCAAUAGCGUACGUGCGUCCGAGUGAUGAGCACCGGGGCCGGUAGCUCGUCGUUCUCUACCUCGUCGUCGCCGCUGCCGGGAUUCGAAAUAUCCGCUGGAGGGUGCGUGUACGUCUCGCGGGUUUAUCCCCGUGCCGAGUUCCCCGUUUUCCGCGUUCCGGUCCCCGUGCGCGUCUGAGGAACGGAUUGUUACACAGACCGGUCUGGUUCUUCCGUGAGUGAGGCUCCAUGAGUAAGGUUAUACCACCACCGGUGGUUACGCGCGGUGGUUACGCGGAAGCCGGUACGAUGGAGUCUCGUUGAGACGGGGAGGCAGUGAUAUGUCCGUGAUGUCACGAGGCUCGCCCUGGUGCGCACCAGCACCCGGGGCGAGAAGAUCCGUAAUUAUUCUGAUCGUCGCCGUCCUCCUCGGCUGCCUGUUACCGCGAGGCGUCGUCGGCGAGAAGAGUAAAAAAUUUCAGAUAAACGAUGUGUGCAGUAAGAAUUACAUGCGAGAUGUGUACAGGAAGAUAGACGGUGCCGUACUAAUCUCGCAGCUCGAGAAAGACGUCGACUGCACCAUCACCUUCCAAACGCACAGUAUCCUUCAGCGGUUCAUGCUCCGCUUCGACCAGCUGCAAUUGGAUUGCAAUGACCACCUUUACAUCUACGAUGGCGCGCACGCUGUCAGCAGUUACAAGUUCUCAGUAUAUUGUACGCUGACCCUUCCGAUAUAGAACCACCGCAAAUUGUUCUGGAAUUCCCUCUGUGGUUGACAGCGGAUUUAAUACAUCAGGGAAAUAUUCUUUCACGAAGCGAUCGAUUGCCCGUGAGUCUUCCAUGUGAAUCAAAAACGUACAACUUGCUUUAUGUACAUUUUAUGCUAAAUUCUAUAAAAAAUUAUUCACUACUUAUAAAUAUUUUAUCAUUGUUCCUUCCAUUAUUUUUUACUUUAAAUAUUGCUUUAUUAACCUUGCAGAGGUAUGAUAGAUUAUGCUGAGGUAUAUUUUAUUAAAAUAUCGCUUUCUCUAAAUGUGGAAAAUAUCUUGUUUAGAAUCUUUCCUGAACGUAAUAGUAUGUUGUAUUAUCUGUAAAAAUCGGGGUAAAACAGGGGACGUUUCCCUGAAGGACGCCUGCGCGACGUUCAAGCCACAACAUAUCGACUUUUCGUGUUCCAUCUUUCAGAGAUAGCGGGGACGUGAUAAUCACCGAAAAAUGGCCCUAAUAAUUAUUUCGUUACCCAUUGGUCAAUUAUUUUAUGAAAAUUACAUUCAUUAAGUAGAACGAUAUUGAUUCGAAAGCUGCAGUUCUAUAGAAAGUAAAAUUAGAUAUCAUCUAUCGUAAUUAAUAAUGAACAUACUUAAAUUUGAGUAGAUCAAUGGAUAUUUACGGAGUGCAGUGAGUUCGUGGACUGAAAAUAUUUUGGGAUUGCGAUUCAUAUUACGUUUUACCUUAUAACGGCUGAAUCCUCCUUCGAGGAAGACCUGUUUCUAAGUAAAACGUUUACACUCUAAGUACUAAGUACGCAGAAGGGUUAAUUUUUAAAGAGCAUAUUUGCUUGUUGGUUCUUUGACUAAUUGUAAGUUAAGGAAUAAUAAAACUUGCUGGUACAUAAUAUGGUUUUCACGGAGUUUAUCGUUGUCUGCCAUGAAAUUCUAGAAAGUCUGUGAACGAGGUCAAGGACGAUUUUAUUGGAACGUCGAAGCAACGAAUUUUUCAAACUGCAUUUGGUACAAUAUGAUUUUCAAUUUUUUAUUUUUUCCUUAAUUUGUUCUCAGUUUAUAGUAUACAGAAUUUAUAAGUCACAUGUAAUUAACGAUUCGAUUAUUAAGUAUAUGUAUAUGUACAAAUACUUUUUUUAGCAACUAUUCUUUGAAACUGCGGAUAUUAUAAAUUUCCAAUGCGGUUAUUUCCCGCAAAAAUGUAAUGUGAUAAAAGAUAAUAAAUUUUGAUAGCAUAGCGAUUAGUACACAUACUAACGUAAACGCAAAUGAAAAUUAUAUAAUCUGUGAAAUACGCAUAACGUCUUGUUUCCAUUUUCCUCUUAAGCUGCGUUAAAAGUAUUUUUAUCAGAGUUAACGGAUGUACAAUAAUGACUUGUUCUAAGAAACACGUCAAAUUAUGUAAAGACAUAUGGACGUUACUUGUGAUCUCCAAUUUACUGGAUUCAUUUAUAUUCUGAAGUUAAUUUAUUUUCAUUGGGUUUGUUUUGAUCAUUUAACUGCUAUUGAGAUAUUUUUAAAAACAAUAAAUACUUGAUUUUACCAUAAAAAGAAUGCAUUAUGCGAUAAUUCUAUUUGGAAAUAAUGAGAUUUGUGGACAGAAUUAUCUGUAGAAACUAUACUGAUUUUCAUAACUAAAUGAGAUAAUCACAACAAAAUACAAUGGAAGGGAAUAAUUAAAGUUAAUUUUCAUUUUCUCGCCGGCGGGCUUUAAGAGAGUCGCAAAGUUUCAUUAGCUGCAUUAUUGGAAAUUGCUCAAGGAAUUCCAUAAUAACAAUUUUCUUGGGGCAUUAACACGAAUUAUUUUCGACUCUUCGGGUCUCAAACCCUCUUCGCAAAGUCUUUACUUACCUAUCUACCGUAAUAAUGGUUAGCUGCAGUAAGUUCCAAUUCGUUUGACGUCUACCGAUAAAUAAUAAGAAACAAGAGAAAGAAGGGGCUGAGGAGAAAGAAGACGAGCCGAACAAAUCAGUUUAUGGGCAGAUUGAAAAUUAAUUUGGAAGUAUUGAAUAAGUUACGAUUUGUUAAAUUCUUAAAAAUUCUAACAAAAUGUUAAAUUCUUAAAUUGUUCAAGAUUUCUCAAGUGCUGUAUGGAAAAAUUAAAAUUGAUUCGUUCUUAAUACCUGAUUUAUUUCUAGUUCUACCGUAACAUUUUUUACUCAGGAAACACUGAAAUAUAAAACUGAUCUUAUUUCAUAAUAAUUAGCAUAAAGUCGACGAGCUCGAUUAAUUUUCAUUCAAGGAUUCCCACUUUCGAUUCGUAGUAUACAUGUAGGAUAUCCUUCGACGAUAUUCGUUUCUCUAUUGUUCUAUGAGUCACGUUCUUCGUUUACUUCCUGACAUUGUGUGCCUUCAUCGGCGCGGCGUCCUUCGCGAGAAACGAUUUGAUAAAAUAACCGAUCCUCCCACCUAGUGGCAUAGUUCAAUGUUUCUCUUCGGUACAAGACAGACUAUAAGAAACGCGGCACGAUCACAGCGCGAGAAACACGCACGUUGACAGUUAACACUCCGACUUCACGAUGACAAGGUGCAACGAUUUAC